AUGGUCUCCUCCCCUUUGUUUCGCCGUCCCCGUUUCUCUCUUCUCGAGCGGCUCCCUACAGACCAGGACGAUAAUAUCCGCACAUACCCCGAGCUUCUUGCUUUUAACGCGAAGUAUAAUCCCUCCCACAUCUUUUGUCUCCAAGGGGUGAAAGAUCAUAAUGCGCCACCAGUUCCAAUCACAUUUGCCCAAGCACAGCUAUCAGUAGAGCGCUGUAUGGGAUGGCUUUCCAAAAGCGUAGAGGGUAUCCAUUCGCCACGGGAGGUUGACGGCAAGGUAGGAAAGGCCGCCGCCGUUGGGAUACUAAUGGGAAGUGAUGUUGGAGUAAUAAUAUAUAUGAUGGCUCUGCUCUCCUUGGGUGUUCCGGUUGUAUUACUUUCUGCUCGUUUGACUCCUGUUGCAAUUGCACAUCUUCUCAAGUCGACAUUUGCUGGAUCUGUAAUUGUGUCACAACGUUGCCAGCGUGCCGUAUUGGAGGCAGUUGCAUCCUACGGCAGCGCAGAAAAAGUACCAGAUAUAUAUGAACCAAUUUCGUAUGAUCGCUUUUUGGAAGAUGAGGGAUGGGGUUCCCUUGAGAUACCACCGGCAUAUGAUAUAGUGGAAGAGAUGGACCGUAACGUGUUGAUACUGCACUCUUCUGGUACAACUGGCUUACCAAAGCCAAUAUACCACCCCCACAAAUAUAUGUUGGGGUACGCUGCUUGUCACCUUUUUGAGGAAAAUGACAGGGUCGAUGGUGUUAAUUGCUCGACUUUGCCGUUGUUUCAUGGAUUCGGGUUGCUCUCGCCAUCGCUCGCGCUUUCCGUGGGAAAGCCUUUCUGUAUACCCCCGGCGAGCAUAAUUCCUACUGCGACAUCUACUUUGUCGCUACUUCGCCUCUCGAAUGCUCGCUCCUUGAUGUCGGUUCCCUCAAUCCUUGAAGAUCUCCUUUAUCUUCCGCAAUCAGAGGGUAUUAGUGCCCUCCGCGCCCUCGAUUUUGUUGUAGUGGGCGGUGGGCCUAUUAAAUCCUCAGUGGGGGCAGCGCUUGUUGAGGCAGGUGUCAAAUUACUCAACCAUAUGGGAGCCACCGAGAUCGGAGCAAUAGCGCCAAUAUUUCUCCCUGGUCCUGACUACGAUUGGCGGUACCUCCUCUUGCGAAAAGAUAUCGGUUUACGCCUAGAAGAUCCCGGUGACGGGGGCGGCCUUUUCAAGCUUAUAGGGAGACCGUUCGGGUGGAGUGAGGAGUUUCCGGUGCAAGAUCUACUCCAAUGCAAUCCUCACGCACCAGACAGUCAAUUCAAGAUUCUCGGUAGAGCAGAUGAUUUGAUUGUCCUAGCCACCGGAGAGAAAGUGCUCCCGCGAAUGAUGGAAAUGACUGUCGCAAACGACUGCAAGGUCAAGGAGGCCAUCGCUUUCGGCGACGGGCGUUUCAACAUCGGCCUGAUUGUUGAGGCAAGUAUUGAUCUUGAUAUGAAGGAUAAGGAACAAGUGUCAGCGUACGUUGAAGAGAUAUGGCCUAGUGUGCAAGCUGGGAACGAGUUUACCGACAAUCACGGAAAGAUAACUUCCAAAGGAAUGAUAGUUGUUACCACUCCCUCGUACAAGCAGCUUGCCCGUACGGAUAAGGGGAGUCUAACUCGGAAGACGAUUGUCCAAGAUUUCGCCGAAGAGAUCGAUGCCGCAUAUGAGAAAGCCGAGAUGGAGGGAAUAGAAGCCAUGCCAGGCUCAGUGGAAGAUACAAAAGCGUGGCUUAAAACCCUAGUAGGAGACAUUAUCAAGAUCUCUCCAGGCGACCCCACUUGGUUAGAUUCAGAUGAUUUCUUUGAGCUAGGAAUGGAUUCUCUCCAAGCUACCAUUCUACGCCGCAGGAUAUUGGCAAGUAUUACCAAAUCAGGUCGGGAGUUCAAGGAGUUGUCACCAGACUUCAUCUUCAAAUGCCCAACAAUUGAUACCUUGCAUGGGCUGCUUUCCGGCAAUGCAUCUGACUCGAGUCGCGAACGCGCUGAUCGCAUGAACGAGAUGGUUCGUAAAUACGUGUCCAAUAUCAGGUCUUUGCCACCCCCCACGAUGGCUCCAACCGCUAUAGUCCUCCUAACGGGUUCUACUGGGAGUUUGGGCUCCUUUCUUUUGGCGCAGCUCACAGCCUUGCCUCAUGUCGACAAGGUUAUAUGUCUUAACCGCCGGAUCAGCUCACCCGGUUUCAAAGACCUUCGUUCUAGACAAGAGGCUGCUCUUUCCAAGGGCGGGAUCACGAUCCCAACUUCAUCCUGGGGAAGGAUAACAAUCCACGAGGCCGACCUGAAAGCACCGUCAUUUGGAUUACCGGACUCCGAUUACAAUUCUCUUCGAUCCGUGACACACAUCAUUCACAAUGCCUGGCCUAUGGAUUUUAACAGGUCUCUCGAGUCAUUUGAGCCCCAUUUCCAUGCAACCCAAAAUAUCGUCUCAUUGGCUUUGUUAGCAAACGAAAGCAACCCGCAAAACAAGCCCCGAAUUUUGUUUACUUCUUCGGUCGCAGCUGUAGGAAGAUAUCCGGCACUGACAGGAAACGCGCUCAUCCCGGAAGACCCCAUGCACAAUGCACAGGUGACAGACCACUUCGGCUACCCGGAGGCCAAAUGGGUCUGCGAGCGACUCAUUGAGGAGGCUGGCAGAAUCCACCCGGGAAGAAUUGAAACAGCAAGCGUUCGUAUCGGUCAGCUUACCGGAUCGGAGAGCAGCGGGGCGUGGAGUCCGAAAGAGCAUUUUCCCUCCAUUCUUAAAUCAUCACAGACUAUUGGAAGUCUUCCGGAUAUCAAGGGCACACUAUCUUGGAUUCCGGUAGACCGUGCUGCAAGGGUGGUUAUUGAACUCUUAUUCCAGUCCUCCCCUCCGGAUCCCAUUUAUCAUCUCGAAAACCCAAUGCGCCAGCCUUGGUCUGAUCUUCUUGUGCUCCUUUCGCGAGCACUGGGUCUGCCAUCAAAAAUCAUCCCAUUCGAAGCCUGGUUGGAUAAAGUCCGGUCAAUUACAGACGCAGAGAAGAACCCAGCAGGUAAAGUUGUAAAGUUUCUGGAAGAAGAAUUUACAGCAAUGGCUUCUGGAGCAGUUGUUCUUGAUACAAGGAAGGCUAGACGAGUAUCUAGAACCCUAGCAGGCAGUGGGGGUAUUGAAUCAAGACACGUAGACCUAUAUGUCAAGUACUGGAGGAGUGUUGGGCACCUGUCGUGA